AUGGCUUUCAACGGAUUGGUGGUUCUGGGCCUUAUGGUAGCCCUUUUUGGAAUGGCAAAGAGCCAGAGUGCAGCCGAUGUGGCAGCUUACAAGCAGAUGCAACAAGCCUGCAUCAAGGAGCUGAAUAUUCCUGCCAGUGAUGCCAACCUGCUGACCACCGACAAGGAAGUAGCGAAUCCUUCAGAGUCCGUCAAGUGCUAUCAUAGCUGCGUCUAUAAGAAACUGGGACUCCUGUCUGAUAAUGGAACUCCGAAUACCGACAAAAUCGUGAAACUAGCCCAAAUGCGAUUCAGUAGCGUUCCUGCGGACAAGUUGAAGGCACUGCUGACCAGUUGUGGCGCCACCAAAUCAGCCACAACCUGCGACUUUGUCUUCAACUACGAGGUGUGUGUGGUCAAGGGCUUAAAGGCUUAAAGGACACUCGUGCCACAGCCACACAUAGUCUGCCACUUGAAAUAAUAAACUUAGUUCACAUGUUCAACGCA